AUGGGCUACCUCUGCAAUACAGGGGUCGGCGCAGACAUCGAAGACACGCCAAAGCUCACACGAAGCACCCUCGAUUGCGAAAGUCAAGCCUGCAAAUCAGCCCGUCAAUAUCCAAUUCGUCGUAAUCUUGCAAAUAUACGCCACACCCGCGGCGAAUCUCGUUCAUCUCGUCAGUGUCGAAAUUACUCGACAAAUAGACAACACAGUAAAUCAUCUAUUGAUGCCAGUCGGUACAGUCACUGCACAAGACAGAUCAUGUUGGUCCCUUCAGCUGAAGAAACCGAGGCCGGGCAUGGUACCAACGCAAAAGGCUCUUCGCAUGCGUCUGCGGAAGCCGGCGCAGGACGGUUUGCGAUACAAGUGAACGGUGGAACCUAUAUAAGAGUAGAGAAAGGAAAAAUUACUUGGACACAUCACGAAGCUCCACCUUCUCAAGCACCAGCAAGCAAGACACUUCAUGUCAAUCCCGGAACGAGCCCAAGAAGAGGGGGGGACUUGGGGAAGCAUGGCAACGCAAAGGCUGAUUCGGAGCGGAGUCUACGGCUCCUUGAAUUGGCUAUCACUGACGACGCGUUGAAUACGAACAUUGCGCAAACACAGGUCACGACUGCGCCCUUGCCUGCUGGAGCUUGGUUGAGUCAGGCGACAACUCCGGGGAUGGUGCCAGGUCCCGUUAUCUACUCCAAUCUCGUCAAUAAUGGCGGCAACCAAUACAACGGGGACGUUCGUAUUGACUAUGGCCCCCCAGAGAGACUCAACAGCAACCGAAGUCUUGAUACGGUAUCCAGCCCGAAUGAUGAGCUGGACAUACCAGCUCUGCCCAAGUCCGCCCUAGACGCAGAGGAUGUUCCUUCGCGUGAUGGCGAAUCCGACGAUUCAGACGAUACCCGUGUCGACAGUGGCUGUGUUUCGAGAGCGCUCGACGGCAAUACAGCAGCUCAUCGGAACGAGGUCGUCGAUCACCAGGCCACCACGAACGGAGGAAAGGGAGAGCAGCUGAAUGCAGCCAAGGGAAGCUCAAACGAAGGCUGGGAGUACCCUGCUUCGACUACCAGACCUGCGGAAGAGAACAAAACUCCAUCAUGCUGCUGUACAACACUGAAGUCUGGUACAGUGCCGUCUGGAACAAUGGUCAUCAAUGGGUGCUGCUUCGAAGACGAGGGCGAUCCGACGAGCAUCAUAAAAAUUACUACGGAGUACAGAGUUCACCUCGCGAAGAAGCCUGAAAGAGCCCUUCCUCCGGAUCAAUGGGAUAUAAAGGGAGUAUUGAUUGUAGGAAAGGGCCGGUCGACGAUUGUCUGUGUCCGCUGCAAGAAUGUCACCCAGCUAGACUUCGAGCUACGUCCGAAACAGACAACAUCUACGGGGCUCCGCUUGGUAUAUAACGGAAAUUAG